CGCCACUGUGUCGGUUGGUCCGCCUCUCUCCUCCCGACUAAACUCGGCUGUUCUCGACGAGAAGCGUCCAAGUGGCGGAGGAAAAGGAAAGGAGAGAGGGGGAGACUGGCCGUACUGGGAAAGAGAAAAAAAAAAAAGUAAACGACAAUUGAAUAUUAACAAGCAACCGUCAGCGGAAAGUGGAAGCGGUACGGAUCGGCAGCUUUGAAGUGUCCAGUGAGGUAGCUGGUUUCCCACAGUCUAUGGUGUAAACACAUUAGUGUAGUUGUGACAUUGCGCCGUGAGCGACAGAGCAGAGGGAAAGGUCUCCUCCCAGUCUGUUGACGGAUACAGUUUGGCUUCAGUGAAAGGAGACACGGCUAGACCUGACUGUACAUUACCCCGGCCAGUGUUGUAUUGCCCAGGAUGUCUUCGAAAGCUCACAGUUCCAAUAACAUCGCCCAUGCCCGGCGGACGGUGCAGCAGCUGAGAAUAGAGGCGAGCCUUGAGAGGAUAAAGGUAUCCAAGGCCUCUGCGGACCUUAUGAACUACUGCAGUGCACACGCCAGAAACGACCCUCUCCUUAUGGGCAUCCCCACUUCAGACAAUCCCUUCAAGGACAAAAAACCCUGCACUAUAUUGUAGUGGACGCCACUUAGCCUUUAUGUGUUUUUUUUUUUUUUUUUUUUGCUUAUUAAUGUUGCUGUAUUCUUUUUGUUGGGAGGAGUAAGGGGUGGACUGUGAUCGUAUUAUUACCAUGUGUUCACCUGUUCUGUUAACAAUUCAGCAAUCCAACCACCAUUUUCUUUAAAAACAGCAAUUUGUAAUGAGUAAAAAAAAAAAAAAAACCUACAACCUGUACUAUUCUCUGAUAUUUCCCCUGGCAGUGCCACUGUUCAGUUUGAGCUCCGACCACUAACAAGACUUUGGCUGCAUGAGUAGUGAUGGCAUCAAGUACAUGAUGUUCCUGAAAUAAUAAUGAGCAGAUGUUAUUGUUUAUAUGUUGUAACAGCACUGGCACUCGUCAAUGAUUUGGUCCUUCCUAUGUAAACAGUCUCCAUUGGGCUGUGACUGUUACUGUCUCGCUGGUUUGCCUUAAGUGGAUUCAUGCAGCCAAAGUUACCCCUCAGUCCUUUAAAAGCAUAUAAGUUUUAAGAUGGAUAAUAAUGGCUCUUAUCAUGUGGCUUCAGACUUAAUUUCCACCGGUAUUUUCCAGAUAUUGUGCAGUUUAGAUCACUGGAUUCAGGGGUCUGGGUUUACGUUGAGCUUCUACUCAAAUGUUACCACAAUGUAUCUUUGAUUGGGGCGGUAAUGUCGCCUUAUCUGGUGUUAGAAUUCAGAUACUCAAAGUAUUGUGCAACCCACUGGUCCAUGACAAUCCACAUGCCAUUUAACUCAUUGUAUUCCUGUCUGGUAUUUGCAGUAUGAUUACCAUAAUACAGUGUUGUCUUUAGCUUAUUUAAUGAACCAUCAUGUUGAGAAGGGUUCCUUAUAAGCAUCUUAAAUCCAAGAUCUUUGCUCAGAUUCAAGCCAUUGGGACAAUAUGACCCCAGUGCUGUGAUGCUUUUGGAAAUCUGUCAGCUGUACAUGUAAAAUACAGAUAAUGAAGCGAAAAUGAAAAUGCUUUAUCACAUGAAUGCAGUGCAGAAUUAUGUUUUUUUUUUUUUUUUUUUUUUUACUUAAAGCGUCAGCUGCCAUUGUGUGUUGGGCAACACUGUGUAAUGAAGACCCUGGGACCAAGCUAAACCAAUGGACUACAUUGCAAAACAUCUAAAUAUGCUUUUGAAUAAGACUAUUUUUAGCCAUUCCUACUGAAAACUUUCUGUGGUACGCUAUUUUUAGGAAACUGACGGCACAAUGUGCGCCACGAGUGUUACGCAACUCUGUGAGCCACGCCUACUUGCUCAUCACAAGUGUCUUAGUUGAGCGAAUGUGCACAUGGUUCGUUGUCUUAAAGUGUUUUUGGCACAAGUGUUGUAGGUACAGGUGUGAAUGGUAGUGUGCAUUGAUGAUAAAAACCAGUCUCCCAAGACUGCUCUCAAAUUUUUUCACGUUUUUCAAUUUUCACUAUAACGUUGGUGUCGGUGCGGGUCUUCAAUCUUCAGUCUAACAUGUCCUUCAUGUUGUGAUUUUCAAAAACAGAAUAGAUAAAUAAAACACUUCUUUCACUCUAAAGCCUUACUUAUGUUUGCCUUGUAUCAUGAAGACAACUCUGAAUGGGAGUGCUUUCUUUAAGAAAAAAGAAGAUUCUGUCGAAUGUUUUUAUUUGUGGGAUGAAAGUGAUUUGUAACAAUAUUGUGCCAUCUGUUUUUGUCCACAUGCAGAAAAUGUUAAACCGUGUUUCACUUACCUGGUGCUCCACUUUUCAGCAGUUUUUGGUAUUGUUGCCUUCUCCAAAGGGUACGUUCAGGUCUUCAAAUCAGCGAGAUCUGGUGUUAUUAUCCAGUUGUAUUUUUUAUGAUUGUCUCUAGCCAUCAGUUCUUCUUACUUGAAAUAAAUCAUUCCAAUAUGCCUCUUAAGGAAAAGGUCAGAUUACCACUGCCAUGUCAUAAUUUCUGUCCAUUCAGCAACUCUGUAACGGCCUUAUUGUACCAUUGAUAGAUUAAUUUAACUGUCAGAAUCUGCAUUUUUGAUAAAUGUCUUUAUUAAUAUACCAACCUUUGUAUGAAGACUUAACAAAGAUUAAUAAAGUGAAGCAUUCCUACAGUACAAUACUGUACUAAUAUCUCAAUAAAGAUGUGUUGUGCUGCACAGUCGGAAGAUUGCAA